AUGGAACCAUUGGGAGUCGCCGCAUCGGUGAUUGCAGUUGUAGAAUCUGCUUCCAGAGUCCAGAGCGUGCUUCGAACCGCGCUGAGUCGCUCUCGUGAGAGCGAUAGUGCACAAGAGAGUCUGCGUCGACUGGACGCCUCAAUAACAAUGCUCAAGGUCAUGCAUCUGGAACUUGAUCCGGGCAAUCUUUCCGCACGACUUGGGGCCGAGCCCGCUACUGAUAUGCUCAGGCAGAUUGGAGAUAUUCACUUAGCCGACCUGAACAUCAGUCUCACUUACCCCAGUGACAUGAAGGCACAGAAAGAGUAUCCCAGCCACGUGGCAGCAUCGGCUGACAGGCUUGAAAAGGCCGUGCAGCAGCUCAGAGAAAUUGAACAAAUCUUCACGUUGCGGCGUAUUGAGAAAAUUGUCGUCAAAUCCGAGGCACUCCAUUCGAAGCAGGAGACAGAGAACAACAAAAGACAACAAGCUGUAUCUGAGAUUGGUCAAACCUUAUCAGUACUCAAGUCGCAUCUAAUAACGAAUGAGGGGACAUCGGAAAAUGAUACUCAAAAGGCCUUGGACAACAUUGGUCAAAGACUAUCGGAAAUCAGCUUACUGUUGGUGGAGGGAGAAAGUCCGGACCGAACGAUAGACGAGCUACGAGCAGCACUUCAGUCAACCCUGGGCAGGUCUCAAGGAUCUGACCACAACCUGGUCGUUUUUCCCUUUGUCAUCCUAAUGGCAGAAGCCGAAGAUGUCAUGGCUAGAGUCAUACUCGACACCGGUGUCCAGGACAACUGGAUCAAUGCGAAGAUAUUGGAGAGAGCAAAUAUGGAAUAUGAUGAGCUUGAAGGGGCGGGAAAUUACGUUGGGGCGGGAGGAGCUCACUUCACACCUCUCGGUCAGAGGAUUACGUGA